GCCCGGUGUGCGUGCGGUGGUUCCGCUGGGCGGCUAACAUGGCGGCCUCCACCUGGAUACGCGCGGUAUUCCUAUUUUUGUGUGCCUCGGACCUGCUGCUUCUUCCUCCUCCUGGGGCCUGCGCGGCCGACACGCCGGGCGAAGCCACCCCACCUCCGCGGAAGAAGAAGAAGGACAUCCGCGAUUACAAUGAUGCCGACAUGGCGCGACUUCUGGAGCAGUGGGAGAAAGAUGACGACAUAGAAGAAGGAGACCUUCCAGAGCACAAGCGACCCUCUGCACCUGUCGACUUCUCAAAGCUAGACCCAGGCAAGCCAGAGAGCAUCUUGAAAAUGACAAAGAAAGGGAAGACACUGAUGAUGUUUGUCACUGUGUCCGGGAACCCCACUGAGAAGGAGACGGAGGAAAUCACCAGCCUGUGGCAGGGCAGUCUGUUCAAUGCCAACUAUGAUGUUCAGAGGUUCAUCGUGGGAUCAGACCGUGCUAUCUUCAUGCUCCGGGAUGGGAGCUAUGCCUGGGAAAUCAAGGACUUUUUGGUUGGCCAAGACAGGUGUGCUGAUGUCACUCUAGAGGGACAGGUGUAUCCUGGCAAAGGAGGAGGAAGCAAGGAGAAAAAUAAAACAAAGCCAGAGAAGGGUAAAAAGAAGAAGGAGGGAGAUGCCAAGCCACGGGCUUCCAAGGAAGAUAAUCGAGCUGGGAGCAGGAAAGAAGAUCUCUAGCGGGUGGCAAGCUUCCCAGCAUUCCAGACGACAUUCUCGUGUCUUCUAGAAAAGGGUCUGUGUGUGACCUGGUCAGUAUCACAGUUACUGUAUGAAGGCUUCACAUAUGGAGGCAGGCUUUGUGACUGGUAGUGGACACUGGCAAGUCAUGCUAACUAUGGCAUCGCCUACAUGGAAACUUGAUAGAUGUUCUGUACCUCUUACGCCUGGUGAGUCCUUGACGUCUCCAGAGUACCACUCCCAACUCUUCACUGCUCGGCUGUGUGUUCCUGCACAUCCGUUACGAGCUCUUGUCAGACAAGCCUGGAAACUGUUCCUUGACUGAGGCAGGCAUUGACUGUCAGUCCGUGAAGAUAAGUGUGCUCUGUGAGCCGGGCAGCUGGCUCUGCACACCCAGGGGGCCAGCCAGCUCAUACUGGAUGUGUGGGUUCACGAGACGCACCACUCGAAUCCCGAGGAAUCAUUUCAGAUGGCUUCAGUCCUCCUCAUCAGUCCAGGGGACCCAUUGUCUGUCAGCCUUCCUGUAGUUGGAGAGGGAAGGCGGUUUGUUCUGCCUCGUGUGAGGGGGAGAAGGGUGCUUUAGUUGAGGGCUCAUGCUGUCAUGGCCGACAGCUGUGACAUUGGCGAGGAGGGACCAGCAGAAUCUCCAUCAAGUGGACCUCAUGUACAGUAUUUCUAGGUGGUUUUCUUUGAUAAAGUGCCUAAACUUGUGUUUUCAGAUGGUUCUCUCAUGGUGUGCUGUUGCUCUCAUCUGGGUUUUGCUGUUCGUAGGGUGAAGCCUAUCUAAAAGAACAUUUCUAUGAAGAAGCCUUUUCUAAGAACCUACAUUCUUUAAAACCUCGGUUGUGAUUGUAAGCAAUUCAGAAUGGUACAUAGGAAGUGUCACCAUUAGUGUUGCAGUGCGAAGAAUUGCCCUGCCCUGCUGCCACUAGUUUGUCCCAGUGGAGCUACUGUUGAUCAUUUGUUUUUCAGAAAUAAAGUAUGUUUACCGGC